UAGGGUUUCUCUUGCUCUUUAAAUUUUGGAUCUAUGGACUCAGUUUGCUAGAAAUGGAGUCUCUUUUUGGGCCGUUUCCAUGAAUUCAUCAUGAAGGGCGGUGACCAGCAAACUUUGCUGCAUGAACUAUCCGGUGAAGCAGGUUGGAUGGGUAUUUCAUCUGAUGAAGAGUCUGAGAUCAGCGAGUCAGAGAUUGAUGACUAUUCUGAAACACCCUACCUUCUAUUGCAGAACGGAAGCUACAAGGUUAAAGUGAACGGACAGCUGAGAUGCCCCUUUUGUUCUGGCAAGAAGAAGCAAGAUUACAAGUACAAGGAGUUAUAUGCACAUGCUUCUGGGGUUUCCAAAGGAUCUGCCACUAGAAGUGCUAAACAGAAGGCUAAUCAUCUCGCUUUGGCUAAGUUUUUAGAUAAUGAGCUUGCUGGUCAUGCAGAACCUGUUCCACCCCCUCCAGUUCCUCAGUUAGACAAGACAAAACCAAACCCCGGUGAGGUCUAUGUCUGGCCAUGGAUGGGGAUUGUCCUUAAUCCUUUGAAGGACGCUGAUGAAAAGGAAGUUCUACUUACUUCAGCAUAUUGGUUCGAGAGGCUUUCUAAAUUCAAGCCUAUUGAGGUCAAUGCCUUUUGGGUCGAGCAAGAUUCCAUUGUUGGGGUUAUUGCUAAGUUUAUCAGCGACUGGAGCGGAUUUGCAAAUGCUGCAGCGCUUGAAAAGGAAUUUGAGAACGAAGGGUGCAGCAAAAAGGAGUGGACUGAGAGGAGCGGAGUUGCAGAGUCAAAGGCCUAUGGUUGGUGUGCACGUGAGGAAGACUAUAACUCGCAAGGUCCAAUAGGUGAGUACCUCUCCAAGGAGGGAAAGCUAAGAACAGUGUCAGAUAUUUCGCAAGAAAAAACGCAGGACAGAAAUGUUGUACUAGAGGAACUUUCAACGAUGAUUGCUAUGACAAACGAAGAUCUGAGCAACAUCCAAUACAGUUACAACAGGACGGCAAUGUCACUGCAGAGGGUCCUAGACGAAAAGAAAAACUUGCAUGAAGCUUUUGCUGAGGAAACAAAGAAGAUGCAGCAGAUGUCGCUUCGCAAGAUCCAGAAGAUUCUAAAUGACAAAGAGAAGCUUAGCGAUGAACUGGAUCGUAAGAUGCGGGACUUGGAGUCUCGGGCCAAACAAUUGGACAAACAGGAAGCACUAACUGAACUGGAGAGACAAAAGCUUGAUGAGGAAAAGAGAAAGAGUGAUGCUAUGAACAAAUCCCUGCUGUUAGCCUCGCAUGAGCAGAAAAAGUCCGACGAAAGCGUCUUGAGACUUGUAGAGGAGCAUAAGAGGCAAAAAGAAGACGCUUUGAACAAGAUUCUUCUGCUUGAGAAGCAGCUAGACACCAAACAGACACUGGAAAUGGAGAUUCAAGAGCUAAAAGGAAAAUUGCAAGUGAUGAAGCAUUUGGGGAAUGAUGAUGAUGAGGCGGUCAAACAGAAAAUGCAAGAGAUGAAUGAAACGCUGGAGGAAAAGAAAUCUGAGUUAGAAGGGCUUGAGCAUAUGAACUCAGUGUUGAUGACAAAAGAACGUGAAAGCAAUGAUGAGAUACAAGCAGCACGGAAAAAAUUGAUUGCGGUUUUGACAGUAUUGUUGGGUGCCGAAACGGAGAUCGGAGUAAAAAGAAUGGGUGAACUGGAUGAGAAACCUUUCCUGAAUGUUUGCAAACGGAGAUACUCUGCAAAUGAAGCUACGGUUGAAGCUGCCACCCUUUGCUCUACAUGGCAAGAGAACCUCAAGAAUCCAUCGUGGCUUCCAUUCAAACGUGAAGGAACCGGGGACAAAGUAAAGGAAGUGGUAGAUGAGGAGGAUGAGCAGCUGAAGAAACUUAGAAGAGAGUGGGGAGAAGAGGUGCAUAACGCUGUUAAAACAGCUCUUGAGGAGAUGAAUGAGUAUAAUGCAAGUGGUCGGUACACAACUCCAGAACUGUGGAACUUCAAAGAAGGAAGAAAAGCAACACUGAAGGAAGUGAUUUGUUUCAUUUCAGACAACAUCAAAACUCUGAAACGCAAAAGAACCUGAAGGAUGGAGGAAGAAGAAGAAGAAGAAGAAGAAGAAGAAGAAGAAGAAGAAGAAGAAGAAGAAGAAGAAGAAGAAGAAAUAACUGAGAAUUGAUGUUAAAUAAUUAGAAAUGUAGAAUGCUCAUAUGCAUGCUCUCUGUAUGAGAAGACUUUAAAUUUCUUCCACUUGUAACUUCGAAAGAUUUUGAACAGUUCAAUCUAAACAAUGCUUUAGUUAAUAAUGUUCUGGUUUAUAUAUGUUUUAGUUUCAAA